AGCGAUAUUGAACCCCUCUGACGUCUGCUAGCCUGUUGUUCGCGUCCCACCGAAAAGUGCGGCUCGAAAGGGGACGACUGCGCUGGGUCCGCCGGGCAUCCCUGAUUAUUACCAUCGCCAGCCAACCCUCGACCACGCAAGCUCGAGCUCACGCCGACCCCUUUUCUCCUCCGAUCCGACCUGGACCUGUUUGCGACGGUCGCCUUCCGCUCAUUUCACGACAUUACGAGCUUGGACCACGUGCUACUCCUACCUCCGCUGUUAAUUUUCUUGCUCUCGCACCCCAAACACCGCCCCGGCCCUCCCUCCCAGCACACAUAUAAUGUACUCGUCGGCGUACGACCAGUCGACGUCGCGCUCGCCCAUUGCCCAACGGAACCAGCCCCACUCUGGCACCCUGCACCGCAUGCCCUCUCGCCAGUUCGACGCCUACCAACAGGUCCAGCAGCCCAACACCAUGUACGCGCAAGACGACCACCAGCGCCAGUACGACCAGCCGCGCAACUACGAGCGCCUCAAUCAGACCAUGCACGCCGGCGCCUACGGCUACGACAUGGGCGCGCCCCAGGGCUGGAACACCAAUGCCUUUUCGCAGAACCAAGGCCUGGGCUCGCUCGGGGGCGCCCAGGCUGCCCGCAUCAAGUCGCAGCAGCGCGGAGGAGGGCGAAGCGCACUGCCAUCAGGAUGGAUGGACCAGCAGCCCCAAGGUCUGCCUAGCUUUGCCCUGGGCAACAACAACCUCAGCGCCAUGCAGAACACGAGCUACGGCCACGACGUCGACGAAGAGCUCAUCCCCACCGCCAUCGUCAUCAAGAACAUCCCCUUUGCCGUUAAGAAGGAGCAGCUCGUCUCCCUCAUGACGGAACUGCGCCUACCCCUGCCCUAUGCCUUCAACUACCACUUCGACAACGGCGUCUUCAGGGGUCUGGCCUUUGCCAACUUCACAACCGCCGAGGAGACGGCGGCCGUUAUCGAGUCGAUGAACCACUUUGAACUCAACGGCCGGAAGUUGCGUGUCGAGUACAAGAAGAUGCUGCCAUUGGCCGAACGGGAGCGUAUUGAGCGAGAGAAGCGUGAACGUCGUGGACAGCUCGAGGAGCAGCACCGGCCCCUCGGCGGCGGUCUGCAAUCACAGGCUUCGUUUGGCUCCCUUGCCUCGCACAUGCCAGCUACAUCGCCUUCGCCUGUUUCGGCCAUGCGAAGUGGAUCGGCAUCAAAGACUGUUGAUGUCGACCUGAACGACCCCCAAGUGCUCCAAUUCUACACGCAGUUGCUUUUGUUCAAGGAGACCAAGGAGCGCGACAGCAUGACCUUCCCCCCGAAUCUGGCGCCUCUCCAACGCCGCACCGUCCACACUCUAGCUCAUCAGCUAGGCCUCGCGCAUGUGUCCAAGGGCACCGGCGAACAGCGACAGGUGCACAUUUUCAAGGUCCACGACAACCAGGGCCUCAGCCCUCCGAUGCCACAGAUGCCUAGCAACCACAUGGAGCAGCCUCGCCGCAACCUCAACCGCGCAGCGACCACCGACUUCAGCGAUGUGCGCGCCGAGGGUGGAUUCUACAACGCCUUCAACAGGCAGCCAUCAGGUCUUCUCGGAUUCCCCGAUUCGCCCGGCGGCCUGAACGCAGUGCCCAACCUCCGCGGCGCCAAGUCCUACGCUGACCUCCGCUCCUACACGCCUUCGCCCGCGCCCUCAACCGCCAGCCACCCCAUCGGCCGCCCAGGCGGCAUCUCGCUCGAAGGACUCGGCUACAGCGGAAGUUCCACCAACCCCAACGGCACCCCCACGACGGGCUCAAUGUCGCAACGUGACGACAGCCUGCUAGAGCGCGAAAUGAACCGAAUGCAACUUAGCUCCGGCUACCCGCAAAACAGCAGCCCGCGUGCUCUGCGCCAAAUGACGUCUUGGGACGCCCCUGGCCCUAUUGGCGGCCACCGCUCUUUCAGCACAAACUACGAUGACCGCCCGUCGCGCCAACCCCGUGGACCUCUGCCCGAACGCGGACAAGGCUUCGGACGCCCCCGCCAGAAUGGCCAUCAGAAUCGCAACAGCGAUGAGCUGUCGAGUCAAUCCAACGUCGAAAUCCUCGUAGGCCAAUAGCUUUAAUACGCAACGAAAAUGAAUGUCGACGCACGUAUCCUCACUCCUUUUACCCACACGCAAACGAAAACGUGCGAUGGCGCCCUGACCCGACCCCCAAUGAACGACCACGAACGUCCCUUAACGGCCCUCGCUACUACACACGCCAAACAAACACCCUGGAUUGAACCUUUACGAUG